AUGGCCAACAAUCGGCAAAAAAAUAUCCAAGAAAAAAACGUCUCCGAAGCAGAAACGACGGAAACGCUUUGCGUGGUAUGCUUCAAACCGAUAGUAUACUUUGCUGUUGGCGAAUGUGACCAUCUUUGCUGUUACGAGUGCUCUACUCGUAUUCGGGUGUUAUGCCAGCAGAAUGAUUGUCCGAUCUGUCGAAGAGAUCUGGCCAAGGUUAUAUUUUCUAAAACACUUACUCCGUACCAUCAGCUGGACGUGAAAAAUCGUUCGGGACUGUAUGAUAAAAAGUAUCGCAUUUGCUUCACCGAUGCAGAAGUUCAGCAGGCGUAUUACGACCUGCUGGAUUAUAAGUGUCCUCGAUGUGAUCAGAGGAAUUUUCCCAAAUUUGAAUUGCUGCGGGACCACGUACGAAAACAGCACGAGCUAUUCUACUGUGACAUCUGCACGGAACAUUUGAAGGUAUUUUCCUCGGAACGACGCUGCUACAACAGACAAGAGCUAGCGCUGCAUCGUCGCAAAGGUGAUCCGGACAAGGUUGGUCACCGCGGUCAUCCUCUGUGUGAAUAUUGUGAUACGCGAUUUUUGGACAAGGAUGAACUGUUUCGCCAUUUGCGGAAAGACCAUUUCUUUUGUCACUACUGUGACGCUGAUGGGCGAAAUUAUUUCUACGGAGAUUACGUGUCGCUACGCGAUCACUUUCGGACAGAUCAUUUUCUGUGCGAGGAAGGUGAAUGUGAGCAAGAACAGUUUACGUCAGUGUUUCGCACGGAGAUCGAUUUGCGGGCGCAUCGUGCCUCGGUGCAUGGAAAAUCCAUGAAUCGGUUAGCGAACAAGCAGACCCGAACGUUAGAACUUGAGUUUACAUACGCACCACGGCAUGGAGCUGCCGUUGCAGGAGGUCCCGGUGCAUCACAUUCUGCUGCCUCGUCCGGUGCUGGACCGUCAUCAAACCGAGGUCGAGGAGGCCGAACGGGUAGUGCCACGGGGCGUCCCGUUCCUACAGCAUCAUCAGCCGAUUUGCUACAGCACGAAUUCGACAAUCUUGAACUGGCAAACGAUCACGCCACCAAGCAACAUCCCAAAAAGGUGAUAGAUGCCACUAGCGAGCAAGAUUUCCCAACCCUUGGAGGUUCGGCGCCAAAUCCAGUAUUUCGACCAAACAACGUCACCAUACGGCAGCGUGUUUAUGGAGCCGCCGGACUUGCGCGUACGAAAGAGAACUUUCCCGCCCUCGGCUCUGGUGGUGGGGAAGGGACUGGUCCGACCAGCCUGAACGAAGGAUUUAGCAGCAAAAUCACGGCGAGUUCUCUGCUAAAGCCCAGCCAGCCUACUGCUACACCCGGGACGAGUAUGAUGAUACAUGUUUCAAACCGGCCCGCAGGGUCAAGCGGUGGAAAGGUGAACGGUGCAUCCGUUGCAUCCAUGGUUGGGAAGAAAAGUACCUCAGACUUUCCUGCUCUGCCCGGUUCGGGUAGCAAGGGAUCAAGCAAAAAGACUGGAGGAGAUAUCUAUGCGGACAUGGAUGAACGUGCUGGUGGCGCAGCGAUGGUAAAUCUCAACGCAAUCUCUGCGAAACAUCGCGCCCUGGUAGACGAUUACGUGUCCGUAUCUAGUGUCGUUUCGAAAGUGACGACAAUAUCUGCAAAGGAUGCCAAGAAACAGUCAUCUGCUCCCGCCCAAAGUUCCGUGCCUAGCGUGAACUCAAUCAAAGCGUUUCCUACACUUGGGGAAGGUAACAAACCGGCAUCGGCUAAACCAAUGCCGUGGGCUUCGGGAGCUGCAAGUUCAUCGAAUAGCGGUGGUGGAUCUGCCGCAGCAUCCGGCAACAACUCGAGCAAGAAAAAGCCAACGCCAGCCCCAAAUCUGAAAGAUGAAAUUGCUUUUGUCAAUCUUAACGCUUUAACGGGUAAAAAAUCGGCCGACAAGAUGAAACAGAAGGCGGACGCAUCCCUCUCUAACGUGGCAGAUGCGCGUAAUAAUAAUCAUAAUAGCGAACCGGCUCAGAAAGGCUCUGGAGCAGCGAAGGAUCGUAACAAAGACCAGCAACAAAAGCAGCAGCACUCCAAAUCCAAUGGACAGAGCUCGUCGGGAAGCCAAACAUCUCAUGCAAACAACAACAACAACAACACUCCUUCCACGCUAAACAAUUCGUUCCCGGUAUUGGGGAAUUCGAACAGUGUACAGUUCGCACUAGCUGCGGGACCAAAGCGUACACCGCCCGGAUUCGAAAAUGUACAUCUAAAGCGUACGCCUGGCCCACCGCCGGGAUUCGGGAACGUGACGUUAAAUUCUGUUGCACGAAAUGCAAACAAUAUGACGUUCACGAAUUCGACGGGUGAAUCAUAUAAUAUAUUGCCCACGCAUAGCUACGUUUCACCAUCUAACGCCAGCAAACGGAAUCAAGUACUUGUGACACACUUUCAGAAAGCGUUGAAAAACCAAGAUGCGUUAAUGGAAUUUCGGACCAUAUCACAGAUGUUCCGCGAUGGUCAGUACGAAGCAUCGGCUUAUUAUGAUCACUGCAAGAUAGCACUAGGCGAUCGUUUCAAUGAAAUAUUUCCCGAACUGAUUGCGCUACUGCCAACUAUCGCCAAACAACAGGAACUUUACCUGGUGUUUUAUCAAGAUGAGAAAAAUAGACCGAAAGCUGCGAAGGGGAAAGCUUCUAACGCGUCCAAACUGGAGGUGUGUCAUGUUUGCAAACAAGUGCUCAUACAAAACGAUUUGACGGAACACUAUCAAACUCACUACAUGGAGAAUAACUUUCCGAAGCUUGGAACAGCAGACGAGGGAAAAGUUGAUUCAUCGGCAUGGAAGAAAUAG